UGUCAAACAUAUAUUAUAGUUGCGAUAUAUAUUUAAAGUUGUAAAACCUACAGAAAGUAAAUAGUAUUCUUCUUACCUUUGCGAACAAAUAGUGUUUACAAUUUUAUUCAUCAAUUUGUGAUUUUGAAUUCGAAAAACACAUUAGAAUGAAGGCUUAUAUUUUUCUCCUGACGUUAGUGACUUUUGCUUAUGUCAAGGAUGUGUCUUCUAUGAUAUUGGCGGAGCCAAUUUCGUCCGCAUUAUUGAAAACUUUAACACAAGAUAAAAUUCCCACUCAAUCGAUGUGCCCGGAUAAUUACAAAGAAAUUGAAAAUUUAAAAAUUCAAGUUGGUCAUAUUAGAAAUGACUUAAUACCAAAUAUAACGGAAAAAUUGCCAAUUCCUCAUUCAAGUGAUGGUGUUGAUGAUCUAAUUGUUCAAUAUUGUAAUACUAAUGGAGAGGUGAAGAAAAUUGCUAAAAGUGUUGCUGACAAUGUAAAAAAUUGCUUAAAUGAUAACUUAGAGGCUGAAAAACUAGAGGAAUUACAAUCUCAUGCUAUCAACAAUAUUUGUACUGGUGUAAAAGCCAUGAUAAUAUGGAAUACAAUAAAUGAAAAUAUAGCACAAGGAAGACAUCCAGGUGGAAAAGUUGGUAUUAUGCCAAUUUUACCCACCAGCCCGACAUCACAAUAAAAAUUUUUUAAUUGACUUAAAAUUUCUUACAUGUCAUACACUCAAUAAAAAUAGUUCAAUAAUAA